ACUUGGCGCGCUUCUAGUCUAGGGUUUUAGAUAACAGUCCCAAAACCCCAAAUCCCGCCCCAUAUUUUCCAUGGGUAGUGGAUGAAAUCCUUCUCUUCUCCGACUGUUUCAUCUCCGAUCUCCAUGUCUCUCUCAUCCACUCUUCGCUUCUCCCAUCUUAUCCGCCAAAACCUCUUCCUCUCCCCACUUUCCCUCUGUCCUACCCGUUUACUGGCACUCCGGCGGAAUUACUCGGACCUCCGUUUCCUCUCGGUAAGCCCAACUCGUAACUUCCAUGCUGUGAACGCAAAGCACCAGGGAGACGACAGAGAGGAGCCGGAGGGAGGGUCUAAUGGGAGUUUGGGAUUGGUCAAGGAUGGGAGUGGUGGCGGUGGCAGCGACGGGCGCGUUGUUCUUGCUGAGCUUCACAAGGAGGCUACUGAGUCGUAUAUGGCAUACGCACUCUCGGUCUUGCUUGGACGGGCCUUGCCUGAUGUUAGGGAUGGUUUGAAGCCCGUGCACAGGAGGAUACUAUUUGCAAUGCAUGAAUUGGGUCUCUCAUCCAGAAAACCAUUCAAGAAGUGUGCUAGAGUUGUUGGAGAGGUUUUAGGUAAGUUUCAUCCACAUGGAGACACUGCUGUCUAUGAUUCAUUGGUGCGAAUGGCACAGGAUUUCUCCCUGAGAUCCCCACUUAUCCAAGGGCAUGGAAAUUUUGGCUCCAUCGAUGCGGAUCCUCCUGCUGCCAUGCGCUAUACAGAAUGCAGACUUCAAGCAAUCACUGAAGCAAUGCUGUUGGCAGAUCUGGAGGAAGAUACGGUUGAUUUUGUUCCAAACUUUGAUAAUUCACAAAAAGAACCAUCUCUUUUGCCUGCUCGGCUUCCAACAUUGUUGUUGAACGGUUCCUCUGGGAUUGCAGUUGGCAUGGCAACUAACAUUCCUCCUCAUAAUAUUGGAGAGUUGGUAGAUGUGCUCUGUGCAUUAAUUAACAAUCCAGACGCCAGUUUACAAGAGUUGUUGGAAUACAUGCCUGGACCUGACUUUCCAACUGGAGGACUAAUAAUGGGAAAUCUUGGGAUCUUGGAUGCAUAUCGAACUGGGCGAGGACGUAUUGUAGUCAGAGGGAAAGCUGAUGUUGAAUUGCUUGACUCAAAAACAAAGAGAGAUGCUAUUAUCAUAAAAGAGAUUCCUUAUCAAACAAACAAAUCUUCGCUUGUUGAGAAGAUUGCCGAACUUGUUGAGGAUAAGAGUUUGGAAGGCAUUAGUGAUAUUCGUGAUGAGAGUGAUCGUUCUGGAAUGCGUAUAGUCAUUGAGCUUAAACGAGGAGCAGACUCUUCAAUUGUUCUAAAUAAUCUUUUUCGUCUUACUGCCCUUCAGUCUAGUUUUAGCUGCAAUAUGGUGGGCAUCCUUAAUGGACAACCUAAGCAAAUGGGUCUUAAAGAAUUGCUUCAGGCUUUCUUAGACUUCAGAUGCUCUGUUGUUGAGAGACGUGCCCGGUUUAAGCUUUCACAAGCACUGGAAAGAAAGCAUAUUGUUGAGGGUAUUGUGAAAGGGCUUGAUAAUUUGGAUAGAGUAAUUCAUAUCAUUAGAGAAGCUUCAAGCAAUGCAGCUGCAUCAGCUGGUCUGAGAAAUGAAUUCAAUCUAUCUGAGAAACAAGCUGAUGCUAUAUUAGACAUAAACUUACGAAGACUUAACCUUCUUGAGCGCAAAAAGUUUGAUGAUGAGAGUCAAUCUCUGGUAAAGCGUAUUUCAGAGUUAGAGGAACUAUUAUCAAGCAGGAAAAACAUAUUACAGUUAAUAGAACAAGAAGCGAUUGAGCUAAAGAACAAGUUUUCCAGUCCAAGGCGUUCAAUAUUGGAGGACUCUGAUGCUGGUCAACUUGAAGACAUAGAUGUUAUUCCAAAUGAAGAAAUGCUGCUGGCACUCAGUGAGAAAGGUUAUGUUAAGCGGAUGAAACCAAAUACCUUUAAUCUUCAAAAUCGUGGAACAAUUGGCAAAUCUGUUGGAAAACUUCGAGUGAAUGAUGCCAUGUCCGAUUUCAUUGUUUGCCGUGCACAUGACCAUGUGCUGUAUUUCAGUGAUAGGGGCAUAGUGUACUCAGCUCGUGCAUAUAAAAUUCCAGAAUGCAGCCGUACUGCUGCUGGGAUGCCACUGGUCCAGAUCCUAUCUUUAUCUGAUGGUGAGAGAAUAACUUCCAUUAUUCCUGUGAGCGACUUUGCUGAAGACCAGUUCCUGUUGAUGCUUACAGUAAAAGGCUACAUCAAGAAAGUGGCUUUGAAUUCUUUCUCGGCAAUACGGUCAACAGGAAUUAUAGCACUUCAGUUGGUUCCUGGUGAUAAGCUGAAAUGGGUACGUUGUUGUACAAAUGAUGACCUUGUAGCCAUGGCUUCACAAAAUGGAAUGGUCAUUCUAAGUUCAUGUGACAUUAUUCGGACACUCAGCCGGAAAACUAGAGGUUCUAUUGCGAUGAGACUAAAAGAAGGGGAUAAGAUGGCAAGCAUGGACAUCAUACCAGCAGCCAUGCGGAAAGAUUUGGAUAGGAUGGCGGAAUCUCCCAUAAGCAAUAAUAAGGGAUUGAGUGGUCCAUGGCUGUUGUUUUUGUCUGAGAAUGGCUAUGGAAAGCGGGUCCCUCUGAGUAGUUUCCGGCAGUCACCAUUGAACAGAAUUGGUUUAAAAGGUUACAAGUUUUCCGAGGAGGAUCGCUUGGCAGCUGUCUUUGUGGUUGGUUUUUCUUUGGCUGAAGAUGGAGAAAGUGAUGAACAAGUUGUCCUCGUUAGCCAAAGUGGUACUGUAAAUAGGAUUAAAGUGAGGGAUAUUUCAAUUCAAUCUCGCUAUGCAAGGGGUGUUAUUCUGAUGCGUCUGGAGCAUGCUGGGAAGAUUCAAUCGGCAUCCUUAAUCUCUGCUACAGAUUCUGAGCCGGAGCAAUUGGUCAUGCCAGCAACUGAAACUGAGGCACCUGAAAACACAUCUAUUGCUUCAUAGAUUGUUCAUGAGAUAUCUUUGUUGUAUAUUACAGAAAUGUUACUUGGUAGAACCGUUUUUAAAUAUCAAAUGCAUGCAUUUUCACUUCUCGUCUACUUCCGAUUUUUGGGUCCGAAUACAUCAUGGGAGUAUGA